AACGUGGUUCUCCAGUGAAAUACAAACACAUCACUUCACCAUUUUCUUGAUUAACUUUUUGAAAACGGUCUAAGUUUUAUUGCAAAAAUGGAGGUCGACAAAUGCGAUAAUGGAAAUACUGAGGUGGAGAGUUGCUAUAAUGAAGAUAUAGAUGAGGAUAAUAGCGAUACUGAAAAUACCGAGGUGGAUAAAUGUUGUGGACCCGGUUAUGCAACUCCCAUGGACGCUUUUCUCCACGGCAAAAGGGAAAAACUGCUGUACGUGAUUUGCGUUCAACCGAAUCCGGAAGGUUAUAAAUCCGAUAUCUUGUCCACCGUUGAUGUCAACCCAAAGUCAAAGACUUACCAACAGAUCAUCCACACGUUGCCAACUGGCAAAAUCAACGAUGAGAUCCAUCACUCAGGAUGGAACACCUGUUCCAGUUGCCAUGGUAAGAAAGCGCACGUCCGCGACAAGUUGAUCUUGCCGUGCUUGGGAUCCGACAGGGUUAUUAUCGUGGAAACAGGAAAGAAGCCGCGUUCUCCCAGCAUCCACAAGAUCAUCGACUCCAGUGACAUGCAUAAAUACAACUGCGCGAGUCCACACACCAGCCACUGCUUGGCUAACGGUGACGUCAUGAUCAGCACUUUGGGAGUUAACCCUUUCAAGUCUGAUUUUUUUUAA